CGACAACCCGGCAACUGUCCACUGUCCCAUUUUGUGUGACUGACCACUCAACUGAAUAAGAAGGCGCCAGCAACGACAAGCACGCAAAGUCUGGGACACUACAUCUCGGCGCAUUCUUGUUUCCUUCUUCUUUCUACGAUACGACACGACAGCCACGAUGGCGACAACAACACAGACAUCAGUAGCGAACGGCAACGGCCAUGCAAAGGGCAGCAACGGCAACGGCGCGGCUGCCGAUCCCGAGCCAUACACCGGCAAGGAGCACAAGUGGGCCGUGUCCUCUGCGACGCGCAUCAACCACCAGCCGUCGCUCAACCUCAUCCCGACGAUUGCCUUCAUCGUAGGCACGAUCCUCUUCAACAAGUCGGUUUACGCCAAGCAGUUUUACACCUGGCUCAAUGCAAACUACACCGAGUGGGAGAUCAACGUGUACUGGACGCUGGGCAUCACGACAGCCGUCUACUUUGGCCUCGGGUUUGUGUUCAUGGCCGUCGACCUGUGGGAGCCCCUGCACAACCUGUUCAAGCGGUACAAGAUCCAGCCCGACAAGCGCAUCACCUGGGCCGACUACAAGCAGAUCCUGCCCAUCAACGUGCGCAACUUUGUGUUUGUCAACGUGCCCCUCACGCUCGUGGUCUCAAAGUACAAGAGCAUGACCACGCGGUACGAGGACCUGCCGGGUGCGUGGGCCACCGUCGGCAUCUACAUCUUCGCGCUCUUCUGCGAGGAAGCGGGCUUCUUCUACGUCCACCGACUGUGCCACAACAAGCGCCUGUACGCGUCCAUCCACAAGCUCCACCACACCUUCACGGCGCCGGUCGCGCUGGCCUCGACGUACGCGACAAUGACCGAGCACCUUUUCUCCAACCUGCUGCCCAUCAUCCUCGGCUUCCUGAUCAUGAACACGCACUGGGGCAUGCUGGUCAUGUUCUUCAACUCGUUGUCGUGCGGUACGCUCGCCACGCACUCCGACUACAACAUUCCCGGCCUGUACGACGCGCUCGGCCACGACUGGCACCACUACGCCUACACGGAGAACUUUGGCCCCGUCGGCCUCUUUGACGCAAUCUACGGCACCGACACAAAGUACCAGCAGUGGCUCAAGGAGCUGGCCCGCCGCGACGCCGACCCCAACUGGCACAAGAAGGCGCGGGCCGAGCUCGCCACGCGCGUGCCAUUGGAGCACUAGGGUGUCGCUGACUCGCGCGAGCGAGCGGCGCCGGGGGCGAGUUGCCAGCGCCGCGCGCGCUCGCGCCCCCACCCGACCUCGCCCCACCCCACCAUCCCAUACAUCUAUCUGUUCGACCGCCACGCACGCAGUAGCGAUAUCUGUACCAUGAAGAUGUAGCAAUUGCCAGUUUUGCA